GCAAAUCAAAAACAAAAAUAGACGGUCACGAAAACGGAGUUUGCUCCUAGUUAAGCUCUAGCACAGUGAAACAAACCAUCCAAAGCGAAGCAACGAUGCUUUCCUCUCGUGCUCUUCUAUUGGGCCGUUUGCUGCAGCGUUCUGUGGCAUCCCGAAGCAGCACCGUUGGAAAGCAAACCGUACGCCAGGCUCAUUAUGUUUCCUAUCGGAAGAAUGGCCCAACGCCGAAUAUGGCCGUCCGGGGUUUGGCCCAACUUGCCGGUGGAAUGAUGUGGUGGUGGGUCCUGUGGCAUCUGUUUCACGAAUACGAGCAUAUUACGGGUGAAUUUUAUUAUCCGGAUCCAUCGGAAUGGACAAAUGCUGAGUUGGGUAUUCCUCCAGAUGAUGAAGAAUAAGCGUGAUGAGUGCUAAGUUUUGAUUUCUAGUGCAUAAAAUUCAUUCAUUCUUUGCCUCUGUAACGAACG